GCAGGCAGGUGGCUGUUGUCCCCGAGGGCCUCUCGCAACGGUGGCGGUGGCGGCGGCAGGGCGCAUGGAGCCGGAGCUUGCCAGCACAGCCGCGGGGAGCAUGGACGCUUCCACCGAGCCAAGCUUCCCGGAGCCGGGAAGCCAGGGUUCCGUGGCCGGCGAGGACAUCGAGAUCGUGGUGAAUGUGGGGGGCGUGCGGCAGGUGCUCUACGGAGACCUGCUCAGCCAGUACCCCGAGACCCGGCUGGCCGAGCUCAUCAACUGCCUGGCUGGGGGCUAUGACACCAUCUUCUCUCUGUGCGACGAUUACGACCCGGGCAAGCGCGAAUUCUACUUUGACCGGGACCCGGACGCGUUCAAGUGUGUCAUUGAGGUGUACUAUUUCGGGGAGGUCCACAUGAAGAAGGGCAUCUGCCCCAUCUGCUUCAAGAACGAGAUGGACUUCUGGAAGGUGGACCUCAAAUUCCUGGAUGAUUGCUGCAAGAGCCACCUGAGCGAGAAGCGCGAGGAGCUGGAGGAGAUCGCGCGCAGGGUGCAGCUCAUCCUGGACGACCUGGGCGUGGACGCGGCCGAGGGCCGCUGGCGCCGCUGCCAGAAGUGCGUCUGGAAGUUCCUGGAGAAGCCAGAGUCUUCGUGCCCGGCGCGGGUGGUGGCGGUUCUGUCCUUCCUGCUCAUCCUCGUCUCCUCCGUGGUCAUGUGCGUGGGCACCGUCCCCGAGCUGCAGGUGGUGGACACCGAGGGCAACCGCGUGGAGCACCCCACCCUGGAGAACGUGGAGACGGCUUGCAUCGGUUGGUUCACGCUGGAGUACCUGCUGCGCCUCUUCUCGUCGCCCAACAAGCUGCACUUCGCCCUGUCCUUCAUGAACAUCGUGGACGUGUUGGCCAUUCUGCCCUUCUACGUGAGCCUCACGCUCACGCACCUGGGCGCCCGGAUGAUGGAGCUGACCAACGUGCAGCAGGCCGUGCAGGCCCUGCGGAUCAUGCGCAUCGCGCGCAUCUUCAAGCUGGCCCGCCACUCCUCCGGCCUGCAGACCCUCACCUACGCCCUCAAGCGCAGUUUUAAGGAGCUGGGGCUGCUUCUUAUGUACCUGGCCGUGGGCAUCUUCGUCUUUUCCGCGCUGGGCUACACCAUGGAGCAGAGCCACCCUGAAACUCUGUUCAAGAGCAUUCCCCAGUCCUUCUGGUGGGCCAUCAUUACCAUGACCACGGUGGGCUAUGGUGACAUCUACCCCAAGACCACCCUGGGCAAGCUCAACGCGGCCAUCAGCUUCCUGUGCGGGGUCAUUGCCAUCGCUCUGCCCAUUCACCCCAUCAUCAACAACUUUGUCAGGUACUACAACAAGCAGCGAGUCCUGGAGACGGCGGCCAAACACGAGCUGGAGCUCAUGGAGCUCAACUCCAACGGGGCAGAAGGCAAACCUGGGGGCUCUCGCAGCGACCUGGACACUCUGCCCCCAGAGCCUGCUGCCAGGGAGGGGCCGAGCUGGGGCAGCCGGCUGAAGCUCUCACACAGCGAUACCUUCAUCCCCCUGCUGACGGAGGAGAAGCACCAUAGGACCCGGCUGCAGAGCUGCAAGUGAUGGUUGGGCUCCCUGGCCAGGAUAGACGGGGCUGUGGAUGGACAGACCAUUGGGUAGGCAUGUCGGUAGGCAUGUCUGUGGUUUCAGAGGAGCUGAGUGUGUCUCCCAGCCCUCCCCUGAGCAGACCCUGCCAAGGCUGAGUAAGACUCCUUGGGUGCCGGCUGUCCAGGUGCGGGGCUCUGGGGGAGUGCAGGAGCCACAGGGCCACUUGGGGGCUAUGAGGAUGGCCUGGCAGAAGCCCACAUCUGCUUCUGUGUCCCCUUCAAUAAAAACCUCCCAUUCAGCAUACCCUCCAUGUUGUGGGUCGGCUCGGGCCGGUUGUCGCCCCAAGAGUGACUCCUGCACACCCUAGUGCUAGGCCAGAAGGGUGGUGUGCAGCUCCAGAGGGAGUGGGGGGUAGCUAUUUUUAGUUGGGAGCUAAUUAAAGAAGGGCUGAAAGGCAGGGUUCAGCUCCAAGGCGCCUUGCCACAUUCCAGGAGAUACUCUCCUGUUUCCUUGUGUGGAGAAGCUGGCUUCCUGAGGCUUGGGGAGGAAGGAGAGGUUAAAGAGCCAGCGAUGGGGCAGCUAGUUCAGAGCUGUCACCUGUGGAGUAGUCCUUCUUACACAGAUCCUUUCUCCUUUCCAGCCACUCUGGUAAACAGGCAUCCCCAUUUUACAGGUUAAAAAAAAAAAAAAAACUGAGGCUCAGGGUCACCCAGAAAUCCACCCCUGGUUCUGAUUGUCCCCGAGUCCAUGUGGUCUCUCCAACAAUAGGCUGUGUGGGGGCAGAGGCCUUUUGGAGGGCUUAUAAGGGAGGGUCUGGAUUUCUCAGUGGUUUGUGUGUCUAGGGGACACCAGAGAAUCACGGUUCUUAGUUCGGCUCCAGGCAUCAGUAUGGCUCAGUCAGUCAUAGCUGUUUCUAUUGUUCUAGGCUGGAAAGAGCGAGUUGCACAGCUGUCCACUGUGGUCUCCAUAGGUCUGGACUGGGCACGAGGGGAGUUAAAGGACAGGCAGGGUACUGUAGGGCUGUUCUUGGCCAAAUGCUAAGAGCUGGGUCUGCAGGCCUAAUCCUUUCUGGGUUUCCACCUUCUAACAGCUGUAGAGCCCUGCUGUUCACCCCACCCCCACCCCAGCUGUGGAGGCACCAAGGAAGGAACGCUGUGGCGGAGUAGGAGGUGGAGGGUAAAAAUGGAGGGAGAGAGGUUGUCUUCCAUCUGCCUCCGCUUUGGGUAGCUCUUUUCUCUUCCCUGAGCUCAGAUUUUCCCAGAACUAUCGGAAAGCCUGAUUCUCCAGGGCACCUUCUAGAUCUGCCUUUCCAAGAUCUCCAAGGGUUGGCUUUUUGUUUCUCACGGCAGGGUCUCCAGGAGGUAGGUUGUCACUUGAACGGGGAAGUCUUGAGGUUGUGUCUUCAGGGUGCAGGCUCACUCCAUGCUUCAGUGUUAAGACACUCAGGUAGAGAUGGAUUAGACCUGGGGUAGAUGGCCAAUGUAACAGUGAUGUUAGUGGCUGUCCAAGGGGACACAGGGACUGCCCCAUGCCUCUCCAUCCCUCUCAUUUAGGACUCUGGAGGUCUUUAGCGUUUCUGGUCAGGCUGGCUAAGGCACUGGUUGCUUCAAACUCUGUUGUAUGGCUCCCCUUUGUAUUUCUCCAGGAUGACACCAGGUCCCAUGACCAUUAAAGGCAGCAGAAGAAGCUGGGGUCUGAGGAAGUGUAGACUCCAGGUAGGGGAGGACAGGACCUACUGGGAUAUGUGGGUUUGGGGGGCUCAGUAGAUUUGCUGAAAGGUUGGCUUGCUUUGUCCCCAUUAGCCUAGAGUCCUUGGGAAAUGAGAAUAUGAUGAGUGCCAUCUGAGGACUCAGAGCCCCAGAAAGGGGGAGAAGCUCAGAAUCUAAAGAAAGAGAUGGGUGGCCUCGGGGCAGAAGGCCAUCUUCCUGGGUUCCCUGCCUUCUGAGGCAGUGGUACUGGAGAUGGCAAUGGGUUACAUGGAAGAGUACGUACAGCUGCAAAGCAUCUUCAUCUUGUUCAGGAGUGGGAGAUCACCCCCAGAGGAGUGAGCCAUCAGUGAGAUCUCUGUAGCCUAGGAUCCAGUGGAACACUGGUCCCGGGGAGAGCUGGGGGAGGCUCAGUGACUGACAGUGAUCCUUACAGAGUAAUAUGCUUUGUCAUAGAGGAGUAGUCUGGAUGUUCUAAGAGCCAGUCGUCCCUAGUCCCCAGGAGAUCUCUGGGUUUCAAGUACUUGAAAAUGUGUACCUUAGAACCAGUGAAGGAAGAUGGGGAGCUUUGAACUCUCAGUGUCCAGGCUACACCCCAUUCCUCUGAAAUUAGAAUGUCUGAGAUGGCCUCCAGUGUCAGUAUUUUUAUAACUUAAAGUACACAUGAGUCAUGGCGAUCGUGUUAAACCCAAGGUUUGGAUCCGUAGAGCUGAAAAAAAAGGUAUUCUUUCUCAACAAGCUCCCAGGUGCAGCUGGACGCUGGGGCUACUGGUCCACAAACUGGCUUUGAACAAUCAGAAUAAGCCUGUAAACUGUAGCCUGGGGGCAGAUCUGGUGGACCACCUGUUUUUGCACAACUCAUGACAUUAGAAUAAGUUUUAUAUUUUUAAAUGGUUGAAGAAAAAAAAAAACCUCAGAGAAAUAACAUUUUGUGACCUGUGACUAGUACUUUGAAUUUAAAUUUUGUUGUCCAUAAAUAAAGUGUUAUUGG